UGGACGCGAGAGGUGAGCGUUUUGUGUUCCUUCUUGAACGGGGUUCUCUCCUUCGAUCGGUUUUGUUUCGCAUCUUCCGCGUUUCGCUUUGAAGACUGCGUUCGUUCGGUCGUUUGUUGAUGUUUUGUGUGUUCGAUGGCGUAAGGCGUUUCUCGGUGAUGAUCGGAGUUGAUAUCAGUCAGCCUGUACAAGUUUGUUUUGAUUGAUAUGCAGUGCGGUGAGCGUUUUGCUUUUUUUACCGGUUGUUGACAAAUAGUGAAUACGGUGGUUGACACUUCUGACAGAUGGUUAUGUUAGGGGAAAUUUAAGUGAGUGGCUAUGCGUUGUGUUGAAAUAGCUACAGACAAAGUGUAGCGGUUGCAUAUCGUGGAUAAUGGCGUUAUCGACGUGGUAAAAACAUCGCCUGCCGGAAAUGAACCUGGAAUUGGAAGCGCUCCAAAGAGCGCAACUAGAGACAUCAGUGCUGUAGUGUGCAAAAAUAACUGAAUCGAUGAGUGAUGAGUCGUCGCUGCCAACGGACCCAAGCCGCCGCAGAUAUGAAUGUGAUAAAAGAAGUUACAAUUGUCGGAAUUCGGAAAGCCCGAAGAGUGUGAGUGGAUUUUUUUUGUCUUCUUCUGUCCCGAUGACGGAGUGAGCAGCGAGGAAGAAAAAUAAAGUUUCGUGUCUGCUCCGGGGGCCCCGGUGCAACCGUGAUUGGCUUGAGGUCAACAAAUAGAAUGAGUGGUCCUUAUGACAGUUUAUAUUUGGCCGGAAGGGAGCGCGGUCACCGCAAAGUGGACGUGCGACUGUUGUGAAAAUAUAUAAAACAAACUGCAACUAAGCGUUCGUGAAUGUGUUCCUGUGUGUAAUAGCUUCCGUGAUUAGUGUAAGGUACGGUACAGUGGAACAGUUUUCGGUGGUGGAUCAGGAGCAGCGGCAAAUUGGGGACUGACCAGCCUUAAAUUUGUGGAACACGCGCUCGCCGGCGUGCUACCACAAGUUCCAGUCGAAAGUCUGUAUGGAUGCGGGAGGUCUCCCAGUAUUUCCGGGUGCCAAUCAGGGCAAUCACCUGACUAGUCUCCACCUACAGCAACAACAGCAGCAGCAGCAACAACAACAACAGCAACAUCACUUGCAGCAAGCACAACAAUUGACACUUCAGCAGCAACAGCAAAUGCAGCUGAUCAAUAGCCAACAUCUGCAAAGGCAACAGCAGCAACUCCAUCUCCAACAGCAACAUCAACAACAACAACAGCACCAACAACAGCAACAGCAGCAACAACAACAACAGCAAGGUGACUUAAUCCCGGCCCGCCGACAAACCGUAUUCGAUAGGCUCAAGCGACGGAUCGAGACCUACCGACGGCGCCAGUCCGAUUGUACGCCACGGUUCGAGCAGGCCUUUAGUGGAGUUUGCGAACAGCAGGCCAACGAAACUAGUGCCCUGCAGAAAAAGUUCCUAGAAGCGAAGAACAAACGGGCCCUCAAGAAGGCCGAAAAGAAACAGACUGACCUACCGCCGCAAUCGCAGCAACCGACGCAGCAGACGACGAUCGCCGGAAAUCUGCAAAGCAGUGUUCAUGUGCAACAAAAAUUCCUGAAAAGACCAGCAGACGACGUCGAUUCCGCCUCCGACUCGUACGAACCACCGGUCAAGCUCCAGCACAACGGUUCCGAGAAUCUGACCAAAUUCUCGGUGGAGAUCGUCCAACAGCUCGAGUUUACGACGUCGGCGGCCAACUCCCAGCCGCAGCAGAUCAGUACGAACGUGACGGUCAAAGCACUGACCAAUGCGUCCGUCAAGAGCGAGGGUCCCAGCCCGGCCCAGCAGCAGCAACAGCAGGGCCAGGGCGGACCCGGAGGGAACGGUGGAGGCGGAAAUGGUGGUGGUGUCGGCGGUCAAUCCACUGGCGUCGGCGGCGGAAACAAUGGAAGUAAUCCAGCGCCAUCCCCACACCUGCAUGACCUUGGCCACAUUGUGGACUUCAAGCAGGAGCCGGAGAAUGAAUUUGCUGAUCUGUCGGCGGCCCUCGAGAAGGAUGCCGCAGCCAACGGUCACUUCCCGGGACUGUCCGACCUCAUCGGGGACGAUACCAACGACGACAGUGACACCUUCAAAGAUCUCAUUUCGGACCUGUCCGACUUCCAUUCCGACUUCCUGGACUUUGAGGAGAAGCCACCGACCCAGCAGCCCCAACCUCACCCCUCACAGCAACAGCAGCACCAGCACCAUCAGCAGCAGCAACAACCUCCCCCGCAGAUGCUUCACGCUCAGCAGCAACAGCAGAUCGAGGUGAAGCAAGAAACUUGUAUCAAGCAAGAGCACCCCAGCCCUGGUAUGCUGGACAAUAUGGGCAUCAAGCGGGGUAGCCCCGUAACACAACAAUUCCCCAACGCAUUCAGCGAUGGUCUCGGACCGAAACGAGGUCCCUAUGGAAACCCACAAAACGGCCCAAUGUCUGAACUGUCACCGGCGGCUCAAACACUCAAACACAUGGCUGAACAGCACCAGCACAAAAAUGCCAUGGGGAUGGGAUUCCCCCGAGGUCCCCAACCGAACCCACAGCGUCCACCGUACUCCGAGUUCAACCAGUUCGCCAAUCAGGACUUUAUGAACAAUCCGGCCACUGGCCCGGGCGGUAACCCUGUAGGCAAUCAAUUCCACAAAGGUAACGUUCCACCUUUCCCCGGAGCGGACCUGAUCAAACAGGAACUCUACUCCCCGCAGAAUGAAUUUGAUCUCAAGCCCCAGCUGGGCCGGAUGCCACCACAGAUGGGUCCAAAAAUGGGCCCUGGUCCCGGCGGAUUCAACAAGCCAAAUCAGCAACAAUACUCGCCAUAUGGAUCCCCGGCUGGUGGCGCCGGUGGUGGUGCUGCUGGCGGCGGAGCCGGUGGUAUACCCAAUCACGGUAGCCCUCACGGACCGGGUUAUAUCCCGCCGAGAGGCCCCGGGCCGGGACCGGGUUCUGGUGGAGGUGGAGCGGGAGGUGCUGGUAACGGUGGAGGGAAUCCAGGUGGUGCUGGAAAUAAUUCCGGCGGGAACGGUAAUGCCGGGAACAGCGGUGUUCCUCCCCGGGGUGGUGGAGGUGGUCCGCCGAAUGCGACCAUGUUGCAGAUGAAGCAGACGCAGCAGUUGCACAUAAGCCAGCAUGGCCCGGGAGGACAUGGAAUACAGGUUUCCGCCGGUCAGCAUCUCCACCUAAGCGGUGACCUCAAGACGGGCGUCUCGGUAGCUGCCCAGCAGGGUGUAUUCUUCAGCCAACAGCAACAAGCGCAGCAACAGCAGCAGCAGCAGCAGCAAUCCAGCCAGCAACAAUCUCAGCAAAAUUCGCAGCAGCAGCAGCAGGGCCCUGGAGGUCCUCAGCAAUCGCAGCAACCUCCUAAUGGUGGGGGUCCUAAUCCUCAACAGCAGCAGCAACAACAGCAGCCUCCCAAUCAAAACAACCCGAACGGAGUUGGGGUCGGAGGCAAUCCCAAUAAUCCUAAUGGACCUAAUCAAAACAAUUCGCAGCAACAACCAAAUCAAGCACCUCCCAACUCGCAAGGUUCCUCCAUGGAGUCUCAGUACACCGUGUCCCAAUCGCAAACUAUCAACUUCACUCAGCAAGCGCUUCGGCAACGGCAGCAGCAGCAGCAGCAACAACAGCAAGGAAAUGUCCCCGGUGGCAUGUCGAACCAAGGUCAGCCACAGCCGGGAUCCCAGCAGCAACCCGGCGGCCCAGGAGGUCCGAACCCUCAAGCUCAACAACAACAGCAGCAGGUACCUCAACCCGGUGGUCCCAACUCUGGCAUCUCAGCUGGUGGUAUGCCCCACGGUGGCCCAAUGGGAGGCGGUCCAAUGGGUCAGAACCCGAAUGUUCCACUCGGAAUGGGUGGUAUGGGCAUGGGUCCUAACGGGGGCCUCAGUGGGUUGAGUUCGAUGGUUUCCAAUUCAAUGGGCGGUCCGGGAGGACAAAUGAUGCACAAUAGUAUGGGCCCCGGGGGAGUUCCAAGUGGCCCGGGUGGACCGAUGAGUAUGCGAUACAUGCAACAGCAGCAGAUGAUUCGAGCACAAGCGAUGCAGCAGCAGAUGGCUGUCGGGGGCAGGCCUCCGCCACCGGAUUACAAAGCGACUCAGCAGGGUGGAAAUCCGAAUGCUGCAAUGUUAGCCGCACAGCAGCAGCAAAUGCUGCACGCGUCCGGUGGGCGUUUCCCGGCGAUGCGAAGGAUCACACAACAACCGAUUCCGCCUUCCGGGCCGAUGAUGAGGGUACAACAUGCAGCCUAUAUGCAACAACACGGACACGGGGGUCCUCGAGGGCUUGGUGGCUUCGGACCGGGUGGCGCAGUUGGCCCGGCAACGAUGGGAGGCGGUGCUGUGCAAAGGCCUCCUAAUGUACAGGUUGGUCCCGAAGGAAUGCCAAUGGGUUCGCAGCAGGCCGAGUGGAGACAUAUGAUUAUGUCCCAACAGCAGAGCAUGAGUUUUGCCAGCAGCGGUGGCAAUAUGCGGGGAGGUUUCGGAGGUGGUCCUGGAGGAGCAGGUAACUCAAUGGUUAUGCCGAACGGUGGCCCCGGUGGCCGAAUGGAUCCCACGGCUGGCGGUGGAGGUCCCGCAGGUGGCUUAACCCAGCUUCAGAUGCAACAACAGGUGCUGAUGCGUCAGCAGCAACAGCAACAACAACAACAGCAGCAGCAGGCGAGUAUGGGAAUGUACCAGGCGCAAGGACAGAUGGGAGGCGGCGGUGGAAUGGGUCAAAACCCGAUGCAGCAGAUGACCAUGAUGCAGCAGCAGCAGAGCAUGAUGAGUCAGAUGCAAAUGAGCCAAAUGCACAUGAGCCAAUCUCAAUCGAUGGCCAUUCAGCAGCAGCAGCAGCAGGCAAACCAGCAACAAUCUGUGAUGAAUUCGUUUAACAACCCCGGCAUUGGUCCGGGUCCUGGAGGGGGAGGGCCAGGUCCCGGCGGAGGUAACGGAAAUGGUAACCCGAAUAGCAACAAUGGUAAUAGCAAUGCGAAUAAUAGCAGCAGUAAUAACGGAGGUCCGAACGGACCCAACAACAACUCAUCCGUAAUGCCCAACACGGACUUUAGCCUAGAGUUCCUCGAAAACUUGCCGGUGGGCGAUCCGAGCCAGUUCAAUGCCCAGGAUCUGCUCAGCUCACUGGACAACGAUAAUUUCAACAUACAGGACAUCCUGUAAGAAGGGUUCGUUCAUCCGGUUGUUGAGGGUUAAUUUCAUUGCAUUUAGCACUAACGAAACAGUUCAAGACGAAGGAGAGUGCCUGUAAGGCUCGUUUCCAAUGAUGUUCGGUUGAAAGUUGCAUGCAACUAAGCACGGAAAGUUUGUCCCGUGGUAAACUGUGAAAACGGGAGUAAAAGAUAUUUAUUGAUAGAAAGUGAAUCAAACACCUAGCGAAAAUAAGACGAAUCAAAACAAAGGACGUCCGCCGGUUAACGGUUGCUGAGCGGCUAAAAAUCUGUACAUAGAAAGUAUUUCUUGCUGUAGAUGGUAUUUGCUACUCGUUGAAGCAUAGCGUAUAGGUUCACUUUUUUAUAUACAUAGUAGAACUGUAGCAUGUAAGGGCAACACUUUUUUCGUUGUACGUUACUAUUAAUUUAUUACAUUAAAAAAAAACAAUCGAAAACCAUGAAAAAAUAUACACAGAAAGACGCGUUGUCGAACAGAAGAAAGCAAAAACUCUCUUAACUGGUUAGUCGUUUGUAAGUAGCUGAAGAUGAAAUAGCAUCAGGAUAAACAUUCCUUUACUUUUAUGCCACAGUUUCGGUUAAGUGACAGCACGCCAUUACACUUCUCACUUCGUCGAAGUGAUUUCGAUUUGUUGACUAUUAGCCGUUAGUUACACACUGCCCGAUCCGGGUCGGGAGUAAGCAAGAAAAAGUGCAUCCCGUUUUCGUUUCUUCGUAGUUGUUGUCCCGGUUGAUUGGAUAACUACGUGUAUAUUUUUCGCAUUAUAUCUAUAUGGACAAUGAGAUAAAUUAGAUGGUCCCCAUGUGACAACAGUAACAAUUCUAAAGCCAAGAAAAAAAAAGAUUAAAUCGUUAAAAGUAACUUAUUUUUGAAGGGGGAUAUUUGAUGGUAGCAGACUGGGGUCCGGGAAUGGUAGAAAAUCAUGUAUACAAAACAGAAUUUUAAACUAAACAUUAAUUCGAAACUAGUUAAAUAAGCAAAAAUGUCGCGACGGCGUCAGUACGUAUAGAACAAUUGAGGUGAAACUAAUCUAAUCAAAGCUAAACAGAGAUAACAAACUAAUAGCAUCGAAUCAAACAUUACUCGCUAACUAACUAAUAACUGAUCUGCAUUUUUAAACUGAACCCUUUUUCGAAACGUACACUGCUUUGACGGAUUUUCAACUCAGAAUUAGCAUCAAAACAUGCGGGAAGCGGAUUACUCCGGGUGAUGUGCCGUUAUCUUUGAUCGACGUUUGCGGUUAUAUUUCCCACGUAGACCGUAGGAUUUUAGGAUUGUUCUGAAGACUACCUUUAUGGGGUUUUUCAUUGAAAAACACCGUGGCAGUGGAUUGCGCUGGUUUUGCACUUUAUAGCAGAAGUGGGAAUGAAACACGUCUAGUUGUCUGCUCUUCUGCUAGAAAAUGCAACAUUAGUGCAAUCCGCCCUUAGUUUUCUUUAGCUUACAUUUGACUUUUUCUUGUAUAUUCUAAAUCAUUCUUAAGAAAGGGGCCACAUCAUAAAAGUUUCCUAUGAAUUUAGCUGUUGUUGGAAGCUAAAACCUAGUCUGCUCAUUUUGAUAUCGAAGUCAGCAGUUCCAACAUCAAGAAGGCAGCUGGUUGCAUCACUGACGACGAUGCGUUGCCUUCGUCAACAACAGAAAGACGCGGAAAUCAGUGUCGAGACAGAGCAAAAAUUAUUUUAGGCUUCCGGGUGAAUUAAUUAAUUACAUCGUAAAUCAUAGAGCUAUUUCUGGCGAUUAGAUUUCACUAGAUGAAUCCGUGAUCCAGUUACAAUGGCAUCAUACAACGUGAAGAUCCGGAUUAUUACCUUACACGAGAAUACAAAACGGGGGUUAAAUAUAUUAAGUCUUGUAUGUUUACUGACUUACUGAUAUGCAGAAGAAAACUGGAAAACAUCUGAACUGAAACAGACGCGUUUUGAGAUGGUGAAUUAUAAGCAUUUAAUGCAUUUUAGAUAGUGGAUUUUACUAUUGUAAAGUGUCCUUUAGAAAAAGGGGCGAUGGCAUAAAGAAUAAUCAAGUAUCUAGCCUUAUAGAGGACUCAUUGGAUCGUUGAUUCUUUGAUAAUGUGUACAAGACCAGAGACACUAUUCUCACAGUCGCAUUUUCAAGUGACUUAGAAGGAAAUUUCUCACUAGUGGUUAGGGGACAGUACCCUUUUGCUACCCAAUAGCAAUCCAGAAGGUGAAUUUUGCAACCCAAUAGUAUACCAGAAAAAAAUUCUACAGAAGCGUGUAGUCUACCACAUUAAUAGGACGAAAGCCAGACGUUAGAGGAACAAAGGAACAAGCAAAAUAAAUUCGCAGAACCGUUGCUGGAAUUGUUGAAGCUGAUUAAAAUUCUGACACCGAUAUUCGUCAGUAUGUAAGAGGUUGCGACAUCAUCAAAUGAAGCUGAAUAUAUCACCUUCAGUUUGACAGUGAAGAAAGUUGGAAGAAUCCAUAUUUUUUAUAGCUGAAGCCUUGUAACUCUGCAAAAAUUUGAGAGGAGAACCAAAGUUUGCAUUGGUGUGGUCAGAAAUUGUUGGAACCACAUAAUUUUAUUACAGAACAUACUUCGAUUGGAAGUGCGCAAAUCGAAUACUUGGAGAUCAGCUGGUUUAUCUCUCCACCAAGCCAAUGGAGGCCAGCAGACUAGAAAACGUUGGAAAACAUUCUGGAAUGGCGGAUUGAUACCUGCUUUGUUGGGUAGCAACGGAAGUUGCCUAGAAACGUACCUGCUAGCGAUUUUUUUCUCCAUUCCAAACGUGUAAAUCGUGUGAACAAAAGAAUAACUGUAGAAGUUUCCUAAUUUGUUCUUCCGAGUUCCGGCACAAUCUGCGUACACUUAUCGGGAAUCAUGAAAAAGCGGCUCGAACCUGCCUGAAAAAAAAAUUUACUGAGUUUAUCGACUAAACAUUACGUGAAAUUCGAUUAUUUAACCUUUAAUUUGCCUGUUGCAACGUUUGAAAUUACAAAUUACCGUUUACGCAAAAAACACUUCGUAAAUUAGUUAGAUUUUCUUUGUUCACUUGGAAUUCAAAUUGUAGCAACUGUGUCACCAGAACACGUGAACACCGGUCUGAUUUGAUUUUAGCGCCGCCUGCUUUGCUUUUGCGCGAGGAAGAAAACUGGGACUCAUUUCCAGUUGAGUUCUGUAUUUUAAACGUGCAAAACAUUACGGGUACUCAGUUUCUCACUUUUUUUCUAACGUUUCUCGUUGAUUUCUCCUUCCAGGAUUUCUCGUAGGAUUUGAUCUGGAAAUGGUUGAAGUCAAGCUGUACUGAUGCCUCUCAAAAUGGUCGAUUAUAAUCCAGUAAAGUUCCGUAAAAAGAAAAAGGAAUGCAGUUGCCAAAGAGAAUCACUAACCCAGCCUUAACGAGGACUUCUUGGAUCUUUGAUAUGAGUGAUGAUGUGAACAAGACUAGAAGCACUAUUCUCACAGUCACGUUUCUAAGUGACUAGAAGGAAAUUACUUCCUAGUGACAAGGCGUCGUGACCUUACGGCUGUCCAAUAGGAAUCCAAAAGGUGAAUUUUUCCAACCCAUGGGAUUCCUGGAGAAAUUUCUACUAAAAUGUGUACUUUACCACAUCAUAGGGAUGUAUGGGGAACAUGCAAAUUAAAUCUACAAAGCCGUUGAAGGGUUUCGUUGACGCUGAAUGGGAUUCUGACAGCAAGGUCUGUCGAUCUGUAAAAAGGUGCGACAUCGUCAUGUGAAUGUUUCACCUUUAGCUUGACAGUAAAGGAAGUAGUUUGGGUGAAUCCUUGAUGAUUUAUAGCCUUGUAACCCUCCUACAAUAUGAGAGGACAAUCAAGGUUGAAUUGGUAUGGCCAGAAAUUGCUGCAUCCACAUUGAUGCGAACCGAAUCUUUGAUGAUUUAUAGCUGAAGCCUUGUAACUUGAUGAUUUAUAGCUGAAGCCUUGUAACUGUAAAUUAGAGAGGAGAACCAAGGUUGCAUUGGUAUGAUCAGAAAUUGUUGAAACCACAUUACUGCGGUUAUCAGCGUACGAUGGAAAGAUUAACGAUUCCGUUGACCUGUGGAUGGUAAGCAGUGGUAUGAAUAUGAUGUACAUUACUACAUCCAACAACCGUGUGAGCUCCCGGAACAACACCAAUUCGAAUUGGCGUCCUUGAUCACUGGUUAUUGUUGCUGGAGUCCCAAAGCGUGCCAGCUAUUCUGAGUAGUUACAAAGCCAUAGCGACAGUCGGGGCCGACUUUUCGCUAAGUGGAAUUGCUUCCGGCCAGCGUGUAAACGAUUAACGAUGGUCAGCAGGUAACGACAACCUUUCGAUGGCUGAAGUGUUUCAACGAGAUCGAUAAGAAUAUCUCUAAAUCGUGCUUUCGAUAUUGCGAAAGUUGCAAAUGUGUUACUGGAUGGUAUUUUUGAGCGCUGACAUUGCUGACAUGAAUUGGUUAAUGGCUUUGUGCAAUUCCGUGUAGUUGUGAGAUGACCGUGAUGCGAUGAGGUACUGGAAGAUCAGUGGCGGAUCCAGGAGAGAGUUAUGAGGGUCCGAGCCGCUCCCUAAAAUUUUCAACUUUUUGAGAAAUUUUAAAAUAGUUUGUUUUUUUAUGACCAUGAGGUUUUUACGUACUACGUAUUGUACAAUGUUCAUUUUAAAAUCGAAAUUUCGAACACCUCCCGAAUUUUUUUCUGGAUCCGCCCCUGAUCACAAUAUAUAGGGGUUGAAAGGUUCAAUAAUCGGCACUGCUCAAUUUUGAGCGAACUUAAGUUUGACGAGAGCAGCAUCAUCAACUGCGGGUCGUUUUCUUGAUUACUCGCAAUCACGUUGAAGUCCACUGUAGCAACAACUGCGUUCACUCGCGACAACGCAUCAGCUACUACAUUUUUUCCACUGAUGCGUUGAAAGUCGUUAGCGAAUUCCGAUACAAAUCUGAGAUAUCGCUCCUUGUGAGGUAAACAGCUGCUUAGGUCAGUUGUAAUUCUAUUCUAUUCUAACCCUUACACAGCCAGUAUUGAAAAGCAUCCUGGAAAACACUGCAGUUAUUCUUUAUUGUCUUUCUUGUCAACAUUAAUAUUUGAAGCAUACUAUAAUAUGUCGCAAAUAUUAAAACGGCCAGGCCUACUGUGCAGAGUUGGGUUUGAAGAUGUUUCAAUAUUAUACGGCAAUUGAAUUAAUCAUUUAAUGAACAAUUCAAUCAACGAAUCGUUUUGAAACUUGAAUGAGGAAGAAACGAGGACAACCGUACCGACCGUUUCAGUUUGAAGGGGUUAUAAUAAAACGUUGGGAGUGACUUUGCUAAAAAGGUUGAUGUCACUCCUUUGGUCCUUUGGGAUGGGACAGAGGUAUUUACACCUUGCCCUGGCUCACUAAGCCUAGAUUAAAGCGCCUUUAUUUGCUCUACUCCAAACUAAUACUGACUUCGGUGUUAGAUCCGAGUCGCCCCUAGAUUCGCUCUAAUAUUUAUUAAAGCCAUAUAAAAAUGACAAUUCAGAGCGAACCUAGAGCGACUCCUAUCCAAAAAUGAAAUCAGCAUUUGCACCUGUGCUUUAAACUUAAUUGUCCUUACGAGAUUAUUUCGAGGAAAAAAUAGAUGUUAUUAUUUCGUAGUUUUACUAUUUAAGUACAAUUAUCAGAUUGAAGCAUGACAGAAUGGUUAUUUUCGUUCAGUUGACUAACAGAAGGGAGACAAGCGGAACAAAAAGAUGGUUAUACAUUAUAGAAGUUAUGGGUUUAAUAUGAAUGGAUGGAACCUUAGACUCCUGACAGCAGGUUUAUUGCUAAGUCUAGUUCCAUUCGUCGAAGGAUUGCUGUGCACAUAAAUUCCAAGUAAUUAUGCUUGAAUCGUUUUGUCGACUAUCGGGAAUGAGUACCCGAAGCGCUUCUUGAGGUUCCACAGCGUGUGGGAUGAAUCGUUUAUAUACACGUUCACAAAUGCGAGGAAAAGUCGCAGUUGCUGGUGUAGUGAAGUUCAGCACAGCUUCAACACGCGACGGUAAUGGCUGUAUAUCAGAGAAAUUCAACCUCCGGUGCAAAGAACGUACAUUUAUCGAUAUUUAUUACCAUUUUCUCGAAGCAUGAGUCUCAAAAUUGUCUUGUGUUCAUCCUCGCUUGACGAUGCGACGCCAAUAUCGUCAAUUCAUUUAUUUAACACACACAUCAACAGGCCGCACUCGGCCCCAAUGAUGAAAACGUACACCAAUUACUUCUAAAAAACUGCAGGAAUCGAUUUCCCAAUAAUAUUCGAGACAAAUUAUAGUCGAACAGGUGCAACACACGAUUGAAGGGGCAUUGUAGUCCCGUGAUUAGCAACGGCAUUGGCGAUGUGAAUAGUUUGUCGAAGAGGCACGCUCAGACGAACAUUUCCGCGUAAUAUUCUAGAGCUUACUCGCUCUAAUAAAUGCUGGAUAAUCGAUGCGUGUUGAUAGAAUAUCAGAGAUGAAUAAGAUUCUUGCAGUUUCUCUACGACGCUGAUUGGUAUCGAGCUGGAUUAGUUGACAUCGACUUUCGUAGCAUGGAAGAUGAACAGGAUCGCGCCAAGGCAGACGUCGAAGAGCAUAUCGUAUAAAUUUGCGUUGAAUGCCUUCAAUUCGAUCGCUGCUGUUCAUGUAAUGUAGGUUGCAGACUGCCGAACAAUAUUCCAGCACAAAAGAGGCUGUAGAAGCUUUUGAGAGAGAAAAUGUCUGUAAACGAUUUACCCGUACGAAAAAUGAAGCCCUUUCAGCUGAUAGUUUACAUCGUUGAAAUAGAGAGUGAAUAUGAAAGGUCCGGGAUGACUUCCUUGCUGAAUACCAGAGGUAGCGGAGAACAGUUUGGAGUAUGCAUCACCUAUGUUCACACUGAGUUAACGGCCAACGAGAUAGGGUUGGAACCACUGAAACCAAGUUUCUCCAAUUUAGCGAUUGCGAUAUCGUGAUUGAUCAGUCUGAUAGGUCAGUUUAUAUAACAUCAGUUUAUUGAUCCGCGCCACAUUCGGACACAAAAGAGGUUAUUCAAAUAUUCAAAAGCUGAGCUUUAUCGAUGCAAUAACAUAAUUUGGUUCUUCAUUUCAUGGACCAAUUGCUGUAUCAAGUUGAUACUUUUCAGUUCGACAGAAAGACCCAGUAGUUGGGUCAUUAAAUGUAGAAUACAAUUGCUCUUUUAUUACCUAAACCGAUAGAGCUCAUUUUUCUAAAUAUAACGGUAUAUAUGUUCAACCCUUCAGAAUAAUUUUUAUGGAUGAUCCAUAAAUGACGUAGCAUUUUUUGAGUGAUUUCUAACACCCCCCUCCCCCAUCGUAGUAUUUCGUCACAAACCUCAAACUACCCCCCCCCCUGGUAAUUACGUAGCUUGACGGUAACUCUGCCCCCCCCCCCCCCUUGUCACCGUAAAAUUUUAAAAAAAUUCUAUUCUAUUCCCCUUUAAAAAAGCUACGUAGCAUGACAUGACCCCCUACCCCCCUGUCGUCACACAUCAUCACAAAAUACAAAACUCCCCCAUAUAAUGCUACGUCAUUUAUGGAUGAUCCCUUUAAUUGAGUUUCUACGAAAAUGUAUCGUGUCCUCGUUUGACACUAUCGUUCUUCCAUGACAGCGAAUUUAGCAACAUGGGUUAGCAUUUUAGACAGGUAUCAAGUUGGUGCAAUGGAAGAAGUGCUCGUGAUAAUUUAACCCUAGAACAUUACAAUUACUUUUCUUACCUUAGAAAGUUGCACUGUGGUACAAACGUACCCCACGCUUUGAACGCAAUUUUAGCAGGAAAAAUUGCAAACAUCAGAAAUGUACAAUAUAUCAUUUUCUUUGUUUUUUAAUUGCGCAAGCAGCUGAGUAGGUGAAAGCGCGGAUUUUUUGGAAUCAAUUUGGCCAAAAUGAAAAAAAGUGAAAAAAAUCGCGGUUUUGACUUUUUUUACAAAAAAUUACUAGGGUGGAUGUAGCAAUAGUCGCAUGCUUAAGGAAAACUUUUGAUAAAAAUCGAUUAAUAGACCUAUGGGCAAUGUUAAUAUAUUAAACGAAAGUUUUCAGUCCCUACUUCAUAGGAAAAAUAUAAAGAUGGCUUAAUAACCAAUUUAUGUAUUCAAAACUGCUUGUACCACUAUAGGAAUACAUGUACCAAUAGUGGUGCAAUCGCUAAUUUCGGUUCCUAUUGUUGCAAAUCCCAUUGCUUUCUUAUGGGACUUGCAACUAUAGGUACACUACAUCAACUAUAGGUGCAAGGGAGCUCAAAAUUCUAAGAAAAUCAUUUUUUUCAAUAGUUAUUUGAGCAAAUUUCAAGGAUAACAGUUUUAUUGUCGCAUAAUUUUAGUGCGAUGAAUCGAUAAAAAAAAAUUUGUUGAUGGUUGGUACCUUAGUUAGGCGUAUAACCCACUACUGCAACUAUUGGUACACCUCAACUAUAGGAGCACCCACCCUACUUUGCAAAUUUUCAACCGAUUUAAAAAAAAAAAUCAAAUUAUUUUAAAAGUCGAAACAAUGGUCUAGAAACGGUAUAAAAUGGAAUUUCAAGAUUUUUGAAAAAGUGCAAUUACACUCAAGUUUUUUUUACGCGGUUUUUUUUUACGCGGUUUUUUUUACGCGGAUUUUGAAAUUUACACGGUUUUCAUUUACGCGGAUUUUGAAAUUUACGCGGUUUUCAUUUACGCGGAUUGUGAAAUUUACGCGGUUUUCAUUUACGCGGUUUUUGAAAUUUACGCGGUACCCAUCAAUGAGGUUCCCUUUAUCGCGGAUUCUUAAAUUUAAGUGGUCUUCAUUUACGCGGAUUUUGAAAUUUACGCGGUUUUCAUUUACGCGGAUUUUGAAAUUUACGCGGUUUUCAUUUACGCGGAUUUUGAAAUUUACGCGGUUUUUAUUUACGCGGAUUUUGAAAUUUACGCGGUUUUCAUUUACGCGGUUUUCAUUUACGCGGCUCGUAUCCCCCGCGUAAAAAAAACCUGAGUGUAUUUGGAAGAGUGAAAGUUGAAAAUCGGGUUUUUGAAAAUACCCCGAAAUGGGGUGGCAACAUAAAACAAAAAUUCGGGCCUGUAAUACAUUGGUAACACGCAAUGCUACUGUUACAGCAGCUACUGUGCGUAAAUUAUACUUGCAAGCCAUAAUUUAGAAAAACUAUAAAAAAUAGAAAACUAAAAAGUAAAAAUCAGUGCAAAUGGGAACGAAUUUUUUUCUACUCAAAAAUUAAAUUAAAUUAAUUGAAUAGAUGAUUAAACACGAUUACAUAAUCCUAAUUGUUACUUACGUAGUGAAUCGACCAAUAUUUAAACUGGUAGUGUCACGAAUCACAUUUUCACGGACAGAACGAAAUACUAACGGCAACCGUACAUUGGGGUACAAAUGUACCCCACGCCAAAUUUGACUCCUGCUUCCACGAAGGCCAACUGUAAACUGGCUUGAACUCCAAAUUGAAUUAUGGUUAGGGUCCCAGGUCGGCAAAUGCCGAAUUCUCGUCUUCAUAUGGCUCCGAAGAUGACGAGGGGUAUAUUUGUACCCCAGCGCAACGUUCUAGGGUUAAUUUAAAAACAAAAUUAUUUGUUAUUUUGCGUACAAAAAAGGCGAUAAAAAGUUCAACUAUUCGACUCUUCCAGUUCAGUUGCAUCGGAAAAAAUAACAAAAAAAAACAGUAUAGGGUUUAAAGGGCGAACACGAAAUUAUUGCGAUACCGAAAAUGUCAUGCUAAUUUUCUUAUAAUGUUUAAAAUCAAACCAAAAUUUGAGGGUAGUUUUGUACAUAUAUUUACUUCAAAAAUCAAAAGAAAAGUUAAUCGAUGGAGCCUUGAGUGUAAAAUUGAACGCAUUUUCGCUUGAUGCCCUCCAUCAAAGUCUUUACAGUUUCAUCCGGUACCAGUUUCUCAGUUUUUUCCAUUUUCUUAACAUGUCCUUCUCGUCUUCUUGAUCUUCCGAAGUUCCCGCUUCAUCAUUGCCCAGUACUGCUUCACCGGGCGCAGCUCCGUACAGUUUGGCGGAUUCAUGUCCUUAGGAACAAAAUGGACAGAAUUGGCCUCAUACCACUCCAGGACACUUUUAGAAUAGUGGCAUGGUGCCAAAUCUGGCCAAAAUAGCGGAGCUUCGUCGUGCUGCUGCAAGAACGGUAAAAGGCGCUUCUCGAGGCACUCAGAUUUGUAGAUCUCGCCAUUUACUGUGCCGUUUGUCACGAAAGGCUCACUCCUCAGUCCGCAAGAGCAGAUAGCCUGCCAAAUGAGAUAUUUGGAGGCGAACUUCGACAUUUUCUUCUUCUUAAAUUUGUCGUCCACAUAGAACUUGCUCUUGCCGGUGAAAAACUCCAACCCCGGAAUUUGCUUAAAAUCGACUUUUAUAUACAUUUCGUCGUCCAUCACACAGCUUCCAUAUUUUGUCAGCAUCUUCUCGUAGAGCUUCCGUGCCCGAGUUUUAGCCGUCGAUUGUUGCCGCUCAUCGCGGUUUGGGAAGUUCUGUACCUUGUAUGUAUGUAGUCCAGCUCUCUUCUUUGCAUUCUGGACGUAGCUCUGCGACAUGCCGAUCUUUUUAGCCAAAUCACGGCUUGAGACGUUGGGAUUUGCUUUAAUCAUCCGCUUCACCUUUCCCUCCGUCUUUUUGUUCUCCGGUCCCGGUUUUCUUCCAGCUCCUUUGCCGUGGUCCUACGUCAACCGCUCCUGAAACCGCUUCAACACUCUGGAGACGGUUGAAUGGUGAAUGUUCAACAUUUUUCCCAACUGCCGGUGCGACAGGUCAGGAAAUUCCAGGUGUUUGGAAAGAAUUUGUUCUCUCGACUCGCGUUGGUUCACCUCCAUUUUCGUUGAAUCGAAAAACACGACUUCGAGUUUGACAGCAUGUAAACAAUACACAUCAAUGAGAAAGUGUGCAAAAUUUGGUUGAUUUUUACCCAAUGGUAAAAAAGUUAUGCCCUGUUGAAUGUGUCGCAAUAAUUUCGCGUUCGCCCUUUAAUGACUCAAUUUCAUUAGCAUAUCACUCGAAGUGAAUAUACAGACAAAUUGAAUUGUGCAACUGAAGCUACUUAGCUCAAAUCUGAGUUGAAAAUCCCGUGUCUACAUCAAAACCAAUCUGUUAUAUCACACGUGACAAAACAUCAUCACAUAUUACGACUAUUUAUUACUACUAAUCGAAGAAAACCCAAAACAACAACAUAAAUUAAUCACUAAACAUUUCCCCCGCGUAGCAUCUCAAUAAUAAUGCUAUUUAACGUAAAUUAUUACUGAUUAAAAAAGGAGUUAACCGCAUGAAAAAAGAAAACAAAACCGUUGUCCAUGGUCCCAACUCAAUCGCUGCAUAAAGACUCGCCAUGUCAAUCGUUUGAUUACCAUUUAUCUGUCAGUGUCAUUUCAAUAGAGCCAAAAGCACUCAAUCCGAGUAAAAUAUCUUCGAAUUAUCUUCUUCUUCUUCUAGUUAUUUUCCGUCGGCCUAUUUCCGCUACGAGGCCAAACACCGAUGCCAGAGAGGUGACACUCCCACUAGCCGGACUGGAUAUUGACCCAUCAACUUAUGGGCCGGGGACCAACGGCUUUACUUCCCUUCCGAAGGAAGGCGUGACGCCAGAUUUUUUUUUUCGCUUCAGUACAAUCUCAACGAUCUCGGCUGAAUUUGAACCCAGACCAACUGGGGAGAAUGGCGGUCACACUUACCACUCUGCGAAUUAUCCUUAUCGAACGAGAGCUCAAACUCGAUUGGAAUGGCACUGACAGAUAAAUGGUAAACAAAACAUUCAGAUGUCGAGUCUUUAUUCCAGAGAUUUAGCCUCUUCAGCUGGGCCAGUUGAUUGGUGAACUCACCACACUCUUGUCAUCGUGUUCGCUUUGUCCAGUUUGCAUUGGUUACUCGCAGAAUAUGUCAAUUGAAACCUUUCCUGGAGACCAAAGAGGCUAAGUUUUCACAUCAUACUCUAAUGUAUGGUGUUGAAAUUCUUCAGGAAGUAUGAUGGCGUUUUAGUAUUUCUUGAUUUAAUUUGCAAAACAAAGCUUCAUGAUAUGUCAAGAGUGUUGUGGAGACGCUUUAGGGGAAGGCCUUUUGUGUUUCUCAUUUUUCAUUGAAACGUUCCUCCUUUCUUCGACCAUUGCCGUAAGAACGUACCCAAAAAUGCGGCUCCAAGAAUAUGGUGAUUGUAGCUUCAAUACGCUGGCAGUGCGCUUCUAUGCUCACUUAGAGAAAUGCAAAUUGAUGACGAAUAAAGACAAUUUACUGCCCUAUAUCCUAUCGGAUUCUAACCUGCAAUUAUAGACAGUGCAAUAGUCCACAUUGCAGCGAAUCGGUGUUUGAAUAGCUCUUGGAAAGGCGGUAAGGAUCUUAGAAAUUAAUGGCUUGUUUCAGACAAAAAUGAUGAAAACGAUGUAGGCCGAAUGAAUAAUUUCUCCAGAAAUUUUCCUUUGCAAUCUUCCUUCUGAAAAAAAUAGCAAAAAGAAAAGAUCUACUCUAUCGUGGUACGCAUGGCAGUUUCACCUACCAAGUAUUUUCACACAAAAAGGGACCGUUAUGCGUAUACCGACACUACUGCGCAAUCCACUCAACAUCGAGGGCUGUAUUCUCGCAGAAACCUCACUUAUACCGUUUUUGCUUGAAGCGAAACUGAGUCAGAUUCUAACCUCAAUCACGUCAAAAUGUAUGAACUGACUGCGGUUCGGGUUGCAACCUGACUCAGGUUCGGGUUAAAGCAAUUUAGUGACUUAACGCUCUACAGAGAAAUCUAGAAAAAUCGGCCAUUAUUAAAAACGAAGCAAACAGUUUUUAUCUGCAUAGUUUGCUAAAGCUUUAUAAAAAUAAAUUGUCGACUGAUUUCUUUAAAGAUUCAGCAAACGGUGCGGAAAAAAAUACUUUUUUCAUGUACAAAGAUGUCCGAUUUUUAUGGCAUUCUUUAUGACUUCUCAUGGUUACAUCAGUAGGUGACGAAAAUGUGCAACGUGAAGCCCCAGAUUGCAAGAGGAAACGGAAAUAGCAAAAGCCAAACCGACAUCAUAAUUAAAAUCCAGCUUCUUCGUACUGUAAUGUAAUUUAUAAGUAUUUAAAAUGAAACGGAACCGGACACCCGGGCAACUAUUUAUUAAACAUAACAAAGCAAAGCAAAACAAAUUAAAUAACCUUUCAAUAAAUGACAAAUGACACAGUAAAACGGUAGCAAACAGCAGUAGUAGUAUACUGGUACUAGUAGGGAUAGUUACAUUUAUUAACAUUGGUACUAAACCCACUUUUUCAAGAUGAAGAAAAUGAAAAUGAAACAACAACAAGAACGUUCGAUGCUAGAAGCAACACAUCAACACAUACACACACAUAGAAAAAUGAACAAAACACAGUCAUUAGUGGCAUCGAGUAAAAAUAUAGUGAAAAUCAUUGAUAGUUUAUUCUACAACCCGUUGGUUGAAACGGUUAACAUAUUCAAAUAUACGAACAAAAAAAAUGUAUACAGAAAUUUUUAAACGCAAAUACACACAUUUCAAAACACAUACUGAGUACGGAUUCAGAUUCAGUUCAUCUUCUAGUUUUUUUGUACAGUUGCAAGUUCGUUUUCCCUCCCCCAGAAAAACUUGUAUUCAGUUAUUUGAUUCUGCCACACGCGAGAAAGCAGCUUUCUUGUGAGAAAAUAAAACGGUUAUAUAUUUUUGAUAGCAUAUUUUUUUUCCUACUGCGAUAAGUUAAAUUUUAAAUGUAUAAUUCUCUUACUUUUUUAAGAAAACCUGAAAAUAGAACAAAUGUUCAGAUAGCUACGCUAAACACAAGUGUACAGUCCCGAUCGGAUCGAACAAAACAAAGUGCAAGGUGGAGAUUUUUUUUAUGAACAGAUAUUUUCCCCACAUAUAUAUAUUUUUAUAUAUUGAUUUUGAGAUGUACAUAUUUUUCCAUAUUUUUAUUUCUCCGCAAAUGGUGGAGCGUGAACAAAACAGCAAAACAGAAAAUCAUUUACUUACGACAUAUAUAACAGCAAAAAAUUAUGAAAAAUGAGGAAAAAAAUGAAAAAAAAGCAAGUUCAUUGGCACAAGGAAUAAAAAGCGGACGGAAAUAGAUAAUUUAAUUGAAA